AUGAUUGCCUUCAAGCUGCUGGUUCUCGCAGCUUAUGCUGCGCAAGCUAGUCCCUGCCAGCCGGCAGGCGAUGCCGAGCGCUGUGCCGACAUUGCAAAACCCGGCACCGCAUUCGGUGAACAGUUCAGUAUCAUCAAUGCUACUUACGUACCAGCAGCAUCUUUGAACAUCUCAGGAAGUUUCAAUCAAUUCCCGUUUUGCCGUGUCUAUGCCCAGGUACCUUACCCGGAAAACAACACUGUUGGUUUUGAGGUGUGGCUUCCUGAGCCCAAGUCAUACAACGGGAACUUUCUUGCUGUUGGCAAUGGGGGCUUUGCGGGAAAUGUCGAGCAAUCCGCACUCAUGUUCAACAUGAACAUGGGCUUCGCUGUGGCAGGCGGCGAUUCUGGCCAUCUUGGGUCGCAGAACAACAAUGGUCAAGGUGCCCCGGGGGUAUAUAUCCCCUAUCUUCAUGACGAAAAUCAGGUUUCCGCAUGGAUUCACAACUCCAUUGCCCUAUUCACUCCGCCUGCAAAAGCGGUCGUCGAACACCUGUACAGCACAGCACCGGUUUAUACGUAUUAUGUUGGAUGUUCUACGGGAGGUGCCCAAGGCUUCGCACUGGCCCAGUUUCACCCUACGCUGUUCGAUGGCAUUGUUGCCGGAUGUCCAGGAAACUGGUAUUCUCACCUCAGUCUCUCGUUUCUGUGGAACGCAAUAUCGUCGACCAGUCCCUACUUUCUGCCGCAGGAGACUCUCGACUACAUCACUUCAUCCGUCGUGAAGGCUUGUGACGAAUUAGACGGAGUUUUGGAUGGUAUUAUUGAGGACCCCCUUGUGUGCAAAUUCGACUUCGAGUCCCUGAGCUGUGCUGCGGACAACACUUCUGGUUGCUUGACCACCGAGCAGAUGGUGGCUCUUCGGCGCUUCUACGACGGGCCUCACGACAGUAGAGACAACUCCAGUCUCUAUCCUGGGUUUUCGUUUGGCAGCGAAUCGGAAUGGAUGUUACAACAAGAAGAACUAGCCAAUGCUUUUACGAUACCGAUCCUUCAGAAUCUCGUUUUCGACAAUCUGUCUUAUGAUGCCACCGCUUUCAACUGGGGCAGUGAUGUUGAUGUCCUGGACAAAAAGGCCGGCACUUUCAUCGACGAGAUUAGCCCGGACCUGUCAGCCUUUCGUGCCAAUGGAGGUAAGAUGAUCGUCACGCAAGGGUGGGCCGAUCCGUUCAAUGCUGCUGUGUGGCCUAUCCAGCAUUUCCAGCAGAUAGAAGCUGCAAUGGGAGGCAACAUUGAUGAUUGGUUUGAACUAUACAUGGUUCCCGGUGGUGGCCAUUGCGGUGCCGCACAGGGCUAUCCUCAGGCUCCUGCGAUAUUGUCUUCGCUUGAUGCUCUGACCGGGUGGGUUGAGGCUGGAAACAGGCCAGUGGAGAUGCUGAGCAGUGCCCCUGCUGAUGGCAGCAACCGAACAAGGAAACUGUGUCCUUAUCCAAAAACCAGUCAUUAUACCGAAGGGGAUUCGGACGAUUGGGCUUCAUUUGUUUGCGCAUAG